CUUGUUAAAAUGGCCAGAACCAAGCAAACCGCUCGUAAAUCCACCGGAGGCAAAGCCCCGAGGAAGCAGCUCGCCACUAAGGCUGCCCGCAAGAGCGCCCCGGCCACCGGCGGCGUCAAGAAGCCUCACCGUUACAGGCCCGGUACCGUGGCCCUGCGUGAGAUCCGCCGCUACCAAAAGUCCACGGAGCUGCUCAUCCGCAAGCUGCCCUUCCAGCGCCUGGUGCGCGAGAUCGCGCAGGACUUCAAGACCGACCUGCGCUUCCAGAGCUCCGCCGUCAUGGCCCUGCAGGAGUCCAGUGAGGCCUACCUGGUCGGCCUCUUCGAGGACACCAACCUGUGCGCCAUCCACGCCAAGAGAGUCACCAUCAUGCCCAAAGACAUCCAGCUGGCCCGUCGUAUCCGCGGAGAGUUCCAGAGUUUAACCGCCGAAGCCGUACAGGGUGCGGCCCUGCCUCUUAAGAGCGUAGACCACGUCCAUGGCGGUGACAGUCUUCCUCUUGGCAUGCUCGGUGUAAGUGACGGCGUCACGGAUGACGUUCUCCAGGAACACUUUGAGCACACCGCGAGUCUCCUCGUAGAUGAGGCCGGAGAUACGCUUGACUCCUCCGCGGCGAGCCAGACGGCGAAUGGCGGGCUUGGUGAUUCCCUGGAUGUUAUCACGGAGAACUUUGCGGAGAAGAAGGGGAUUUCAUUCAUCGCCCUGAAGAGGACACUGGCCGCUGAUGGAUACGACGUGGAGCACAAGGGCGUCCACAUUAAGCGGGCCGUCAGGUCUCUCAUCGAGAAAGGUGAACUGGUCCAGCUGAAAGGAACCGGGGCGUCUGGUUCCUACAAGAAAGCCGCCGCAGCCGAGAAGCCCAAAAAGAAGGUGGUGAAGAAAACACCAGCGACUAAAGCCAAGAAGCCGGCAACUCCGAAGAAGGCUGCCGCUAAGAAGACUCCCGCGGCCAAGAAGCCCAAGGCGAAGCCCACGACCCCGAAGAAGAAGUCCCCGGCUGUCAAGAGGAGUCCUAAGAAAGCCGCAAAGAAGGCUCCCAAGAAAACCGUGACUCCCAAGAAGGCCGUGACUCCCAAGAAGACCGCAAAGAAGGCCGUGAAAGCCAGAGUCGCCAAGCCAAAGAAGACCGCUGCCAAGAAAACAGCCAAAAAAUUCCAACCUAAAUCGAGGUAUCGCAACUUCUUUCCAGAAGAGUUAGUUGUAUCUCUAAGUAAAAUGGCCAGAACCAAGCAAACCGCCCGUAAAUCCACCGGUGGCAAAGCCCCGAGGAAGCAGCUCGCCACCAAGGCUGCCCGCAAGAGCGCCCCGGCCACCGGCGGCGUCAAGAAGCCUCACCGUUACAGGCCUGGCACCGUGGCCCUGCGUGAGAUCCGUCGCUACCAGAAGUCCACGGAGCUGCUCAUCCGCAAGCUGCCCUUCCAGCGCCUGGUGCGUGAGAUCGCACAGGACUUUAAGACCGACCUGCGCUUCCAGAGCUCCGCCGUCAUGGCCCUGCAGGAGUCCAGCGAGGCCUACCUGGUCGGCCUCUUCGAGGACACCAACCUGUGCGCCAUCCACGCCAAGAGAGUCACCAUCAUGCCCAAAGACAUCCAGCUGGCCCGUCGUAUCCGCGGAGAGCGAGCUUAGAUCUGACAACCACUAAACUACCACACAACGGCUCUUUUAAGAGCCACACACUUCAUCUGUAAAGAGUCGAUUCUCCUCGUAUGUCAAAAUAAACGACAUAUUAUAAAUUGACACUA